UGAGAAGGUGCUCAAAGCUUUAAAAGAGCAGACUUGGAUCAAAGAAUGAAAGAGUCAAUGGAAGAGUCUGGCUUUCCAACUUUAUAGUCUGUUUUAUUUCAUGAUGCAAUUCCUCCUUAAGUGCAAGAAAAAUUGUGUGGCCCAUAACUCUGACUUUGAAGAAACAAGUGUCUCUUUUUACUUCCCAAAAAUACAGAGGUUGGAAAGGCAAGGAUUUAGAGAGCUAAGCCCCCCCACAUCCAUCUCAGGAAACUCCGAGGCCCUCUGGUCUUCCUCUGCAGUGACGGCACUUAAUCACACUCACAGAGCUUUAAUGGACUUCACAUGCCCCGUCCCUUUCUUCUCCUCCUACGAUCGUCUCUCCUCUUUCAGAGUGAUGUAGGGUCCCGAGAAUGGGGAAACACCUUCCAAGGAGAAAACACACAUGCACGCAUGCACUUUCACAACACACACACAGAGCUCCUCGCUGAGUGCUGAAUGGUGAGAGAACAGCACAUGCUGCAUGGGACGAACUUGGAUAGCAACAAUUCUCCAAACUCUAAAGUAUUUGUCAUGCUUAAAAGUCUUCAAAUGGCUUGAAGGGGAAGGAAAUGGACCCACAACCCUCAGCUUCUGAACAUUGAAGACACAGGAGAACCAGAGAGAAAGCAGAGCAGAGAUAGAGAGGAAAGAAGAGACAAAGAUUUCUCCUUCACCUGAUUUGUGGAACUUUAACAUGGGAUGAGCUCCUAACAUCACUUAAGCUGUGCACCAGUGUAUCCUGACUGAGAGCCCGACCAGAUCCUGGCCUCUGAGCUCUGACCCCCUUACCCUGGAGGGGCAGGGGGGGUCGAGGGGGAGAAAAUGCGGUGUACAACCCUGUUGGCCCUGCUGACGGGGGUUGUGCUGUACCUGGUGAUGGGAGCGCUUGUUUUCGGCACCCUUGAGUACCCUGAGGAGAGUUUGGCAUACAAAGACCUGCUCACUACCAAGAAGACCUUCCUGGAUAAUAACACCUGUGUCACUGAGGAGGACUUCCGCAAGCUUGUGAAGGGAGUGGUGUCUGCGGUUGAGGCAGGCCUGGAUGUGAACAACCUUCCUCAAAACUUCACCAGUCGCUGGGACCUGGCCUCCGCCAUCUUCUUCUGUGGUACCAUCAUUACAACCAUAGGUUUUGGGAACCUGUCUCCUCGGACGUGGUACGGCCAGUUGUUCUGCGUGUGCUACGCCCUGGUGGGCAUCCCCAUGUUUGGCAUACUGCUCGCUGGAGUGGGUGACCACAUGGGCACAGUGCUGCGGAGAGCUGUGGCCAAGAUUGAGACCCUCUUCCUGAAGCGUAAGGUCAGGCCGACCACUGUGCGCGUGAUCUCAGCGGUCCUCUCUAUCCUGAUUGGUUGUCUGAUCUUCCUCGCCGUGCCAACAGUCGUGUUUCAGAAAGUGGAGCAAUGGUCAUUUCUAGAGUCACUCUACUUUGUGGUCAUCACCCUCACUACUGUUGGCUUCGGAGACUACGUACCAGGUGGUGGUGGUGGCUGGUUCUUCAAGCCUCUGGUGUGGUUGUGGAUAGUGUUUGGUCUUGCCUACUUUGCCUCCAUUCUCACCAUGAUAGGCAACUGGCUGAGGGUGCUGUCUAAGAGGACCCGCGCUGAGAUGGAGGAGUUGAGGGCCCACGCUACAGACUGGACCCAGAACAUCCAGAACAUGUCCAUGGACUUCCGCAUCCCUAACCCUCUGGAGUUUAACGACCCUUUCCUCCUGCAGCGCCGGCGCUGGAAACGCAGUGAGCGUCGGCGCAUCCGUCGGGGAGCCGAGGGUACUCUGGGGUACUUGGCUCGAGGAGGAUCUGAGAAUGGACACCUGCCGAACCGCUGGGCCGGCCUCUCUGGCUCCAUGAGCCAGCUGGAGGCCCAUUCGUCUCUUGAGAGGGCGUUGGUGGCCAAGUCCAGGGCACGGGUCAGUGCUGCUGGAGUUGGAACGGCCCCGAGAGUAGCGCCUGCAUUGAGGGUUGACAAUGCUGUGGGCCUGCAGGUGGAGGGCAGGUCGUUUCCUCACCUGCUGACCCGCUCAUUCUCCCUCCCUGUGGCCCACUCCACCUUAGAGCUGGACUCUGCAGGUGCAGCCAUGCAGGGAGGAUGCCUCACUGGAUCUGAGUCUUCUUUUGACUCCAGAUCAGACGCCUCCUCGGUCUCCUCGUCCUCCUUGGCACUCUGCAAGUUCCCGCCCUGCCAUACAGUCAGCAGCAUGGAGGUGGGAGGAGUGAAAGCCACAGACAUGAACACAGCACAAGAGAAAGACCAGCUGAUUCCAGCAAAGAAAUGUGGAACAGUAGACUACAAAAGCUACAGACAUGCACCUGUUCGCUUCUCCCCUCUUCCUUCUUCUAGCCCUCCUUCUCGCCACCCAAUUCACCUGCCCUCACCUCCCCUCCACGCAGCCUCCUUACCCAGCUGCCAGCUGCUGGAUUUCUUCGGAGAGAAUCUGGCAUACAUUGACGAGUCCUCGGACACUCUGAGUGACCGCGCACAGCCAGGAGCAAGAGAGGAGAGGAGGAGACGGCCACGUAAGCCAAAGAGGAAGAGCAUGAGGAGGCAGCUGUCACACAGGUGGAGCCCAAUGCAGGUGAGGAGGCCCAACAGUGACAUGCAGCCGCCGUCGAACCCCCCCACACCACCUCCAGACUCCUCUCUUUCAGACGUGCCCCGAUCAGAGAACCAGGCCGGUUCAGCUCCGACACUCUGACAGCCACCACACUCACGACACGGUGCCAAAGUCAAGAUGUGACAUAACAGAAUAGUCAUAAAAGAGUGGGUUGACACUCUCUAAGAACAUAUACAACACACGCAGAUCUCACCAUCAUAAGUAUAGCUGAUGUUCUAGGAUAUUUAGUAUUUAAGGUUAGCCUCACAAAGUCAGCCCACAAGUUUUGCUUUAUUACUUUUUGAUCUGACAAAGCUCAAUGGACAUUUGUUGAGCACAGGAAAUCCUUUAUGUGGGCUGUACAGUAGAUGAUUGACACUGCCUCCUUUCAGACAUGGCGAUGAUAAACAUGAACCUGUUGUACUCCAGACUAAAUAACUGAAUCAAUCACUGGGCUGUCACUGAUCUUUGCUUCAGAGUAAACAAGACUAAGGGUCAGGCGCCUGAAUAGCUCAGUUGGUAGAGCGGGCGCCCAUAUAUAGAGGUUUGCUCCUUGAUGCAGUGGGCAGGGGUUCGACUCCAACCUGUGGCCCUUUGCUGCAUGUCAUUCCCCCUCUCUCUCCCCCUUCAUUUCUUCAGCUGUCCUGUCAAUAAAGGCCUAAAAAUGCCCCAAAAAAUAAUCUUAAAAAAAAAGACUAAGGAUCUACAGCCAUGUAAGCAGAUCGGUGAGACUUUACAUCUACAGUAUACAUCUGUAACUGUGACUUACUUGUUCCAACAAAUCAUCUGAACUCAAUUGUCCUUAUUAAUCAAGCAAGUCCCAGUGAGCACUGAUGAACUAACACGUUUGCGGUCUUUGCGGAAAUUACCAGAAAUAUGUGACAAAACGUUUGGCUGUUAGGACCUUUCCCUUUAUUCUAAAUGGGACAUGAAUGUGUCUACAAAAUGUCUAGGCAAUCCAAUCAACAGUAGUGGAGACAUUUCACUCCAUGCAACAAAUGGCAAUCUCUUGGUGGGACAAGAGGAAAAAGUCAGAAGAUCACCAAAAUCAGUAGGAUUAAUUAUCUGGGAAUCAUGAAUGUCUGUACAAAGUUGCAUGGAAAUCCAUCCAGAAGUCGUUGAGAAAACAAGAUUAUUAGAGAGAGAGAGAGAGAGAGAGAGAGAGAGAGAGAGAGAGAGAGAGAGAGAGGCAGGCGUUUUCGAACGAGGAAAUCCAGCUUCUUUUUAAAAUCGACCACACCUGGGGUGUAGACAGUUGGUCACAAGUUUCAGUGGUUUAAAGAGACUAUGAGUCACAUCAUUAUCCAGACAUCAUUAGACCUAAUUAUCUACUUUGUUGAUCUGUCUUUUAGCCGCUGAGCUUAAUCGAUUCUUGGCAGGCGCAUUCAGAAUUAACUCUCACAUUUAAGUUGUCUUUGUGAGGCGAACUCUUGGCGACUGACUAAUAGCUUCAAAUUCAGUGCAGGGUUUUGAAACCAAUCAAAAUAUAACAAUACCCCUUUACGAAAUACAACAUUAAAAGAGAAAAAGAACCGAGGACAAGAGGAGAGGAGUUUUUUUACGCAGCAAAAGGCCAUGUAUUUAAAAAGUUUGACUUGUUUAGGACAUCAUCUGCAGACAAAAUUGAUUACAAUACACAAUGCGUCGGAAUGUGGGUGGCUUACCACCUCGGCUUUAAAAACAUUACCGGGGAAAACCCUGCAGUGGGUGGAGAACCGGAACCACAACAACAGUACAUUAUCAUCAAAGCACAGCUGGGCCAUCAUUCACCCUCAGACCAGUGUCAGUCCCUUGUGUGGCGCUGUCAUACAAGACUAUUGAAGUCUUUAUUCAAGAUUUAAACUGUCCAGUUGCUUGAGGCACGAAGCAGGUGGCUAACUGCUGCUAGUUCAUGAAGCUCCUCUUGACGUUUUUAAGGGUAAAAAAAAAAGAAGGUAAAAGUCAGACCGAGUUCCUGUCCAGUUACUGCUUUGUGUUCAAACACGAUAAGCAUCUUUGUGUGCUCGCCUUGGAUAUAAGUGCUCAGAGGGCUAUUCAAGCAAUGAUAAGGUUGCUUUUAAGGUUUGUGGUGUUUACAAACUAUACUAUCAAGUGUCCUUAAAUCCGUGUUGCUUCUGCUUGUGACCACUUUUCCUCUUGGCUGAUACGGUUUGUCAGUGUUUUAUUAUUUUUUAAAGACUCUACCCCUCUGCACCAUAAAUAACUGCAGGUUUUUCAACUUGUGUACACACCUUUCCAGUAAUGUCUUUGGCCUAAGUUGAACCCUGUUAGAUGCCUCAUAAUGUCUUAAAGUCGCACAUUAAAGUGAUCAUUACCAGA